AUGCCUUCCGGAUACUCAUCGCGCGAUGUCGGCGACCCAUCGCAGAUCAAGAAGAACAAGCAGUCGAUGGCCGACCUCAAGCUGCGCCGUCUCACGGAAUUGAACAAUCGCCUACGAGAGGAUUUGGAACGCGAAAGAAUUCCCGUCUCCCAAGCCGCAAAGAGCAUCAUCUCCUAUACGAACAGCACAAAGGACUUCAUGGUACCGUCGGUUUGGGGUUCUGUUGAGAAGAAGGAUGAUCCACGUCAACAACCAUCCCAAAACCUAGGGACGAUCAAGAUCUACGCAACAAUGGAGCAACCGGCACUUCCCCGAGUCACUAUUCAAUUCUGUACUCAAUGUAAAUGGAUGCUUCGAGCUGCAUAUUUUGCUCAAGAGCUGCUUUCUACCUUCUCUACCUCUCUUGGCGAAGUGGCGCUGCAGCCAUCAACUGGAGGCACAUUCGUGGUACAUCUCUAUCAUGCGGAUCCAAGUAGCAGCGGGGAUGAGCCUGUUACCAUGCAGAAGCAUCUUCUAUGGGACAGGAAGGCGGAAGGUGGAUUUCCUGAAACGAAAGAACUCAAACGCCGAGUAAGAGAUAUCAUAGAGCCAUCUCGAGACCUCGGACACGUAGAUGGCCACAAGAGUAAGUCUGUGAUUUCACCUACUCCAUCCCAUUCCUGCAACAUGAACUCCCAUCCUCUCCUAUCCUCUUUGUAUUCCUCAUAUUCCCCUUACUGGUACAACACACCACGGCCUAUCCCACCCCACUCCUCUCAUCCAUUCCAUCUAAUACUGCACCCGCUAUCAUCCCCUCCUUCCCUCUUCUCUGCCCAUCUCCAAAAUCCAAACCCUAAUCUCCCAGAAUCAGAACGCGAAUCCAAUCCCGAAGCCCCGACCCAAAUCCCGGCACUCCCAGCAGCAAUCAACAAGCUACAAGCCGAGGAAACCGGAGAGAGGAAGUUCACGCCCAUGGAUGUAGAUGUAGAUGUAGAUGCAGGUGUAGCAUCGCAGAGGGAUUUAGAGAAGGUCUUUGGUGAGGAAGAAGAGGCUGUUGGGGGGAAUGGGAAGAUUAGGAUUGGCGGGGAUGGGGGAGAAGGGUUUUGUAGGCCGGGGGAUGAGGAUUGUGGGUAG